AUGUCAGCGUAUGAAUGUCUACAAAUAGAAACUAGUUCUUUAAUUGAAAAGGCUUAUGUUAAUUUUAAGAAAACUUCAAAGGAUCGUAUUACAGUUUUUUAUAUAGAAAGUAAAUUAGAAAAUUUAGAGGUUCAAUGGAAUUCAUUUUGUGAAACUCAUCGUGCAAUAAUAUUAAAGGUAUUAAAGGAAGAUUUAACUAAGUCUGAAUAUUACAAAAAGAAAGUUUACGACAAAACUGAAGAAUGUUAUAUAGAUUAUAAGUCAAUAUUAAAACAAAAAUUGUAUGAAUGCGCUGACAAAAAUCCUAAAUCUACUUCUUCCGAGGAUAAAGUAUCAUCGAAAGUUUCAAGUUUUUCAGGGGUUAGAUUACCUAAAAUUACUAUACCUAUUUUUAACGGGAAUUAUUCAGAUUGGACUUCUUUUAAAGAUUUAUUUGUAUGUUUAGUAGAUAACUGUGAAACUCUUGAUGAUGUCCAGAAGUUACAUUACCUUAAGAGUCAUCUAUCGGGAGAAGCUGAACAAAUUGUACGUCACAUUCCUAUUACCGGUAAGAAUUAUUCAGUUUGCUGGACUCAACUAAAAAGUAGAUAUGAUAAUAAAAAAUAUCUUUCAAACCACAUAUUAAAACGGUUAUUGAAUCAUAAAAUUAUUCAAUUUGAAUCUUCAAAUGCGAUCAAGGAACUAUUAGACACUAUAAUAGAAUGUUUAAACGGCUUGCAGAAUUUAGGUAUAGAUAUUAGCACUUGGGAUAUAAUUAUUGUUUACGUAAUGAGCCAGAAACUUGAUCAUGAGUCCAGAAAACAAUGGGAAGCUAAGUCAAGUGAAUUAACUUCUGAGUUGCCUAAGUUGUCUGAUUUUAAAGAUUUUUUGGAACAUAGGUUUCGAUCAUUGGAAUUUUUAGAUACUAAACCUAAAACGAGGCAAUGUAAGGCAACAGUGUGUUAUGCCAAUGAUAGUACGUCUAAUAACAAUAAUUUAUGUUGUUCAUUUUGUAAAGGCAAUCACAAAUUAUGCAAUUGCAAGUUAUUUUCUAAGGAAACUAUAGAAUCGCGACGGGACUAUGCUCAAGCCAGGAGGUUAUGCUAUAAUUGUUUAGGAGAUAAUCAUUCUGUUUUUAAUUGUAGACACUCUUCACGAUGUCAAAUUUGUAAGAGGAAGCAUCAUUCGUUGCUUCAUCCUGUAAAUAAUCCCACGAAUCGCAAGGAGAAUACGGAUGCAGUUGGUAUAAAUGUUGCUGUUAAUUCAACAACUGCCAUUCAUGAAAAUCAGAAGGAGUCAGAGCCAGAGUCAGUAGUCACAUGUUUUUUAAGUAAUUAUAGUCAAUUGUUGUUAGCAACGGCAUUAGUGAAAGCUGAAUCACUUAAAGGUGUUGAGAUGACAAUGCGAUGUUUGUUGGAUCAAGGGUCACAAGCUUCGUUUAUUACGGAGUCAGCAGUUCAAGCACUUGGACUGCAGAAGGUUCCAACAAAACUCGUAGUUUCAGGAAUAGGGGGUGAGGACAGUUCUUUGCUUAAGUCAAGGUUUGUGGUGUUUAUUAGGUUGCGUUCACUCCACGAUCCCACAUUUUAUGUAGAAGCAAAGGUACACGUCCUCAACAAACUUACAACACUUCAGCCCUUUAAGAAAGUUGUAGUUAAGAUGUGGCCUGAAAUAGGCAAACUUAAACUGGCAGAUCCAAAAUUUGGUGUGCCUAAUAAAAUUGAUCUCUUACUUGGUGCAGAGUUAUUUGCUCAGAUUUUAGAAGAUGGUGUAAUCAAAGGUCCUUCUGGAUUACCUGUAGCACAGAAUACUAGACUGGGGUGGAUCUUAUCUGGUCAAAUUAACUCAACAUGUAUAGAUAGUUUUGAGUCAAAUAAAUGUAACACCAUCUUAAACUUUCAUUUGCAAGUUGAUGAAAAUGAAUUAUUGAAGAAGUUUUGGGAAUUAGAAGCAGAACCAACUGCUAGUACCUGUAAAAUAAUUUUCACUGAAGAGGAGCAAAAAUGUGAAACUAUUUUUGCUAAUACUACAACCCGAAAUGAUUCAGGUAGAUAUAUUGUAAAGCUUCCUUUUCGUGAUAAGGAUCCGAAGUGCCAGUAUGGCAAUUCCAGACACAUUGCUUUGCGACGACUUCACCUUUUAGAAAAAAGAUUGGCAAGGAAUUCAGAUUUAAAAGAAAGAUAUUCUGCCGUUAUUCGUGAAUACAUUGAUCUUAACCAUAUGGAAAUCGUACCAGAGGAAGAAAGGGACAAUCCUUGUGCGGUUUAUUUGCCUCACCAUGCCAUCAUUCGUGAGGAUAAGUCUACAACAAAGCUUAGAGUUGUUUUCGACGCUUCAUGUCCUGGUACCAACGGGAUUUCUCUUAAUCACGAUCUUAUGGUUGGCCCUGUUCUUCAGCCCGAGUUACGACAUUUAGUUAUGCGUUGGCGCGUACGACCCAUAUGCUUAAUAGCAGACAUAGUUAAAAUGUACAGACAAAUAGAGGUUUCCAAAAGUGACAAAGAUUUUCAGCGUAUUUUAUGGCAUGACGAAGAAGGUGAGUUACGCCAUUAUAGGCUACUACGUGUUACUUUUGGAACUGCAUCAGCACCUUAUCUUGCUGUACGUACUCUUCAGCAGUUAGCUUAUGAUGAGGGUAAAGAUAUGAUUUCAGCAGCUGAAAGAGUACUCCAAGACUUCUAUAUGGAUGACCUGAUGAGUGGUUGUGAAACAGUUGAAGAAGGUGUACAAGUGUACAAAGACCUUAAUAAAAUGAUGCAAAAGGGAGGUUUUCAACUUCAAAAAUGGGGAAGUAAUAGUAGAGAAUUAUUAGAAAAAACUGGAGAAGUGGUUAAAAGUCAAAGUGGAAACAUAGAACUAAAUGUUGGAAAAGAAAAUGAAAGUUUCACAAAGGUUUUAGGAUUAUAUUGGAAUAAUGUAACUGACAAUUUUGAGUAUCGUGUUCAGUUACCACAAAUAACAACUCCUGUUACAAAGAGAAAGGUUGUUUCAGAUAUUUCUAGGUUAUUCGAUCCAUUAGGAUGGAUAGCACCAGUAGUAAUUACUGCCAAAAUCUUCAUUCAGAAGAUUUGGAUGUCAGGUAUUGAGUGGGAUCAAGAAUUACCUUCUAAUUUGUUACAGGAGUGGCUUUAUUUUAGGAGUAAACUUUCAUUCAUUACAGGCUUUAGUAUUCCUAGAUGGAUAUUCACCAAUACGAAAGAACUUUUAGAACUACAUGGGUUUUGCGAUGCAUCUAACCAAGCAUACGCCGGAGUGGUAUUCGCUCGAGUUGUAAAAGAAAACGGCGAAGUUCAUGUAAGUUUGAUAGCAUCAAAAACUAAAGUGUCGCCAGUCAAACAAGUCUCCAUUCCACGUUUAGAAUUGUGUGGAGCUGUUUUGCUUUCUAAGCUGUUAUAUGAAGUAGCAAAGACUCUCUGCUUACCACUCAAUAGAGUACGAGCUUGGACGGACUCAACAGUGGUGCUUGCUUGGUUGAGCAGUCAUCCGAGCAGAUGGAAGCCUUUUGUGGGUAAUAGAGUAUCUGAGAUUGUCACACAUUUCGGUCGUAAUCAGUGGUCUCAUGUGAAAUCUCAAGAUAACCCCGCUGAUUGUGCUUCUAGGAGUGUGAGUCCGGAAGUUUUAGAAACUUUAUAUUUAUGGAAACAAGGACCUGAUUGGCUGCAUCAGAAAAUAUUAAAACAGAACUCUGUUUGCAAUAAAAAUGUCCAGGAAUGCGAUACUAAUUUAGAACAAAGAUCGAAAUUAUGCUGCGUUGAAGUAUUACAUUUGGAAGAGGAUUAUAUUAUUAAUCGAUUUUCAUCCUUACGGAAACUUAUACGAGUGGUUGCUUGGUGUAGAAGAUUUUACCUUUAUCGGAAUACUAUAAAACCUCGUUGGUUGACAUCAAAGGAGUUGCAAGAAGCUUUAAAUAUUUGUAUUAAAAAAUGUCAAAAACAAUAUUUUAAUGAUCGUAUUACCGAUAAGAAGGGAAAGUUUUCUUCCCUUAAUCCUUAUAAGGAUGACAAUGGACUUUGGCGAGUUAGCGGUAGACUGCAAUUGGCUCAAAUUGAAAUAGAACGAAAGCAUCCUAUUUUAAUUCCCCGUGAUUCUAACUUGGCUACACUAAUAGUUGCAAAUGCACAUGAGAAAACCUUACAUGGAGGCCCACAAUUAAUGAUUAACUUCAUUCGGUCAAGAUACUGGAUUAUUAAUUUAAAAAACUUAGUAAAAUCUUAUAUACACAAAUGUAUUACUUGCUUGCGCUAUACAUCUAGAGCUAAUAAUCCAAUCAUGGGCCAGUUACCUGCUGCCAGAGUGAGAGCAAGUAGACCAUUUAGUCAUAGCGGAGUAGAUUACGCUGGUCCAGUUGCAAUAAAAAUAGGAAAAGGCAGAGGAUAUCGGUCUACAAAGGGUUAUAUAUGUCUCUUUAUUUGCAUGGCAACUAGAGCUGUGCACCUCGAAUUAGUAAGUGAUCUUACUUCUGAAGCUUUCAUUGCAGCGUUUAAACGGUUUGUCUCCAGACGUGGACAUUGUUCCGAUUUAUGGAGUGACAACGCUACUACAUUCGUAGGUGCGGAUCGAAUAUUACAAGUCCUCCUAACAGAAGAAAGGUCCAGUGUGGCUGUUGAUAUUGCUGAUUGGCUCGCUAAUAAUGGAACUUACUGGCACAGAAUUCCACCCUAUAGUCCUAAUUUUGGAGGUCUAUGGGAAGCAGGUAUUAAGUCUACAAAAAGCCACCUCAAAAGAGUGAUAGGCAACUCUUUGUUGACAUUUGAAGAAUUUAGUACAGUGUUGUCUCAAAUCGAGGCUUGUCUGAACUCGAGGCCAAUAUCAAGAAUAAAUAAUAACAUGGAUGAUCCAUUCCCUCUCACACCGGGACAUUUCUUGAUUGGAGAACCAUUGGUUCUCGUUCCAGAUGAAAAUUAUUUAACUUCUAAUAUAAAUUCGCUUAAACGUUGGCAGAUCACCCAACGUAUGGUGCAAACUUUUUGGAAGCGAUGGUCUCGUGAAUAUCUCACACAAUUUUUACAACGCCAUAAGUGGAAAGGGCAUACUCCUGACCCGAAAAUCGGAGAUGUUGUACUGGUGAAGGAGGACGAUCUUCCUCCGGCUAGAUGGCUCUAUGGGAUAAUUAUAGCAAAACAUCCUGGUUUGGAUGGAGUUACCCGUGUGGUGUCUUUACGAUGCAAAGGUGUUACUAUUAAAAGACCAGUAUCAAAAAUUUGUGUUUUGCCUAUUACUGAAUGA